UCUUUCUAUCUUCUUCUUCCAAUAUUUUCUUCUUGGCUUUAAUUUGAGAGAAAUAAUAUAUUUUUUCCAAAAAAAAAUGGAUUUGAUGGAAAGUGAAUUUAGUAAAAAUUAUGUGAUAUUGAAGCCAGAGAAUGCAAAUUUGUUGGAUCUGUUUCUAUUCUUACUUCCAUUUGGAUUAAGAAAGAGAAAGUUCAUUGAUUGUCCACUUGGCAAAGAAGAUCCUUUCAAAAACUUCAGAGAUCGAUGGCUAAUUUUCAUCUCCAUGUUGCUUCAGUUUAUCCUAGCCAUCAUUGCCACUCCUCUUGCCAAGUUAGACUCAUUUCUCCUUAAACUGUUAAACUUCAUCUCCUUCAACGGCGGCGUUUCGGGGAUUCUCUCUAAAAUUCUCAAAGGAAAGAGUUUUCUGGAGGUUAAUGAAGAUUCGCCGGAGUAUACAUCGGUGGUCGGAUUUGCAGAUUGGAGGAGAGAUUUGGAUUCGUCAAUUAAACCCGACGACACUUUCAGAUAUUAUAGUGCCUUAACUGUAAUGGCUGCCAAAGUCUCUUAUGAAUCCAAACCAUUUGUUCAAUCCGUCGUAAAUGAUCGUUGGAAGAUGAAGUUGCUGGGUUACUUCAAUUUUUGGAAUGACUUUCAAGGUAAAGCAACUACUCAAGCCUUUAUGUUUGAAAACACAGCCAUUGAUCCCAAUGUAAUAGUGGUUGCAUUCAGAGGCACCUCCCUUCUUGACUCAUACGAUUGGCAAGUCGAUGCUGACUUCUCUUGGUACGAGAUCGAGGGCGUCGGCCGCAUCCACAGUGGGUUCAUGAAAGCCCUAGGCCUUCAAAAGGCCACAGGAUGGCCGAAGGAGCUUCCCAAAUCUCAACUACAAGAGUUUGCAUAUUACACCAUCCGGCAAAAACUUAGAGACAUUGCCAAAACCAACGACAAGGCAAGGUUCAUCAUCACUGGGCACAGUUUGGGUGGAGCCUUGGCUACCUUAUUUGUCACUGUAUUGAGCCUACAUGAUGAAUCAACCAUUUUGGAGAAAUUGGAAGGCAUUUACACGUAUGGCCAGCCAAGAGUUGGCGACCAACAGUUCGCAAAGUUUAUGGUUAACACUGUCCAAAAAUAUGGCUUCAAAUAUCAUAGAUAUGUUUACUCUUCUGACUUGGUGCCUAGACUUCCUUCUGAUGCCAUCCUUUUCAAAUACAAACACUUUGGUAGAUGUGUCUUCUUCAACACCCUCUACAGAGGCAGGAUUGUGAAGGAGCAGCCAAACAAGAACUACUUCUCGUUGGUAUGGGUGAUACCCAAGUAUUUAAGCGCAUGGUGGGAGCUAAUAAGGAGUUUGAUAAUCCCAUUGGUGAAGGGUUUUGAUUACUAUGAGAGUUUGUUGAUGAAGGGGGGAAGGGUGGUUGGACUAUUCAUUCCAGGGCUCGCUGCUCAUUUUCCCUUGAACUAUGUUAAUUCCACUCGUUUGGGUAAAUUAAAUGUACCCGACAAGGUCGAAGACCCCAUUCUUGGAGAUGAUAUUGAAGACGACUUUUAAAUAAGUGUGAACAUGCAUGUCAAUAUCGUUAAACUAGACUCACCUUAACGGUUUAUGUAACCUUCUAAUUAGCUAAAACAUGUGUUGAAAGAUUAAUUAGUAUGUUGUGUGCACGUGGUAUGGAAUAUUCAGCUUCUUAAACUUUCUCUAUAUAAACUAAA